AUGGCACAUCUUAAACUGCCGCUGGAGGUCAUCCUCAACGUGCUUGAUCAACUGGUUGGAACUCCUCAUGGACGGCAACCUAUUUUCGAUCCCUUGAGUCUUGUCACCAAAACCUUACGAGCACUCACGCUUACCUCACAUUCAAUAUAUCCAGUUGCGUCGAGAUAUCUAUAUCGCCACUGCCUUUACGUAAGCGAUUGCGUGAGCUACGCAUACUUGAGAAGAACAUUAGGACUCGAGCUUGGUGGCAACCAUCCUCAAUCACUUGCUUACGGACAAGCUGGACGAAACGACGAACUAUGGAACGAUGCCAAGGUACUGCAGUAUAUCACUGCUGCAUUUAUAUCUCCAAUGAAGACAUUGAAUGAAGACUCAAAGUAUAAUCGAGCGACGCCUAUGGUACGGCUGCCACAGAUCAUGGAUCUUUGCAGCAUUAUCGGGCCGAUGCUUAAGAGACUGGUAUUGGACAUGCAGCCUGUAUACUCUCCGCCUAGCGAGGUUGAGAACGCGAGAUUUUCUCAGAGAGACUCGAAUAUCUUUCUGGGAAUGCCAAACCUGGAGGAGCUGGUCGCAAGCUACGACGUUCCGGACUACUUUCAUUUACCACCGCCGAAUCUGAAAAGACUCGCUAUCACAAUACAAGACCUUCACGAUGUAGCGAUGAGGUUCUGCUUCUCUAUAUCGACACUGCAGACCCUUGUCCUACUCCGGCCAGUGGAAUUGAGCGCGGCAGACGUCAACGGCCUUUUCUCUGCGUACAAGGGUCAGAGCUUGGACGUCAUCCUAGUGGAUGUGAACUCGAAUCACCGUACACCAAAAGACACCAGAGACUGGACUGACGGCGACACGGUCAAGAUCUGGGAGGCAGAUGUCCCAACCAGUUUCUAUGGCGACGACGAUGACCUCAUCCUCUGCGACAAUUGGAUCUGGACUCAUGCUGUCAAGGGUACACUUUGGGCUCAGGACAACAGGAGAAUGGCUUCCUGGUCCGAAAUCCAACGAAGACUUACUGGACCUGUUCAUCAUAUCAUCGAUUGA